AUGGAUGGCUCUCCCUUCCAGGUCCACGACUACACCGGCCACCCGCUCGACCCAAACGCCUCCCUCUCCAGGCUGUGCAACAGCGCCGCCCAGCGGCGGCUGCGGCGGCAGUCGCAGCUGCCUGAGUUCUUCAUCGACCCGCUCUCGCCACUGCCGCUCGCGGACGCCGUGCGGUCCGGUCCGGCGGUCCGCUACGUGUACCUGCUGCUCGCGAGCCGGCCGUACGCCCACGAGACCAUCAACCGCAACGUGCACGCGCUGCAGGUGCCGGGCGCGCUCGAGGCGGCCUCGCGCGGCUCGAGAGAGUCGAACCUUUUUCUGGUGCACAUCGACGCCAAGAUGGAGGCUGGCGCGGCGGAGGCGCUGCGCACGGCCGUCUCGUCGCGCCCCGACGUCUACUUUGUCCGCCGGCGGCGCCACGUCGUGUGGGCGGGCUGGUCCAUGAUGCUCGUCCUGCUCGACGCGAUCCACUCGCUGCUGCGCCGCCUGCUGCGGUUCGAGUACCUGAUCAACCUCGGCGACGCGGACCUGACCGUCCGCACGCAUGGGGAGAUUGCAAGCUUCUUCGGCGCCUUCCCCGGCCGCUCCAUCCUCAGCGUCGUCGAGAGCAAGCGCGACCCGCGGAGGUACAAGAUGCACGCCGGAUUCCGCGGCUACUGCUGGGUUGCGAUCAACUCGCCGAUGCGCCGCACCGUCAUCCCGUCGCACUUGCGCUUCAUCGAGUGGCCGCAGAUGCACGGCGACGCAAACAAGUAUUGGGCGACGGUCGGGCCGCAGUUCCACGGCGGCCCGAUGGUGCUGAACGCGUCGCUCGCGAAAAAGGCGUUCCGCUCCUCCUCUAUGUUUGCGCGCAAGUUCGACGUGGCCCUCUACCCCGACGCGCUGGCCGCGUGGGACCGCUGGAUGGCUGCCAAGCUGCUCUCGCGCGGUGCUGCCACCGCACAGCCGCCGAUCGCCAGCCACCUCCUCCCUGGCGACCCGACUCUCUCCAAGGGGCUUCCGCCGCCGACGGAGCACGAGACGGACGCACCGCUCGCCGCGCCGCCGCCCGAGCCGGAGGAGGAGGAGGAGGUUACGCCGCCGCUGUCGCCGCGGGGCGCAGCGCGCUCGCCGCCCGGGCAGCAAGCCGCGGACCGACCGGCGGCGGCGGCGGCGGGCGGCGAGGGAGCGGCCGAUUCAGAGCUCGCGACGCGUUUGCCGCGCUCUGGGCCGGACCAGCCGGCGAGGUGGGGCGGCGCUUGGCUGGCGGCGGCGUUGGGUGUCGCAGCCGUCGCAGCCGUUUUUUGCCGGCGUCGGUCGGCACAGUUGGCACAGCUCCGCGCCGCCAAGGUGGCGCGGGCGUUUGGAGCGCAACCGCGAUCCACGAAGAUUGUAUGA